CACUAGGCAGCUGUGUCCGCGCCAACCCCCUGUGUUGUACACUAACGAGCUCGGUAUCCGUGGACAUGGUGCAGGCCUGGUAUAUGGACGACUCCGCGGAGGACCAGAGGCGGCCUCACCGGCUGGAUCCUGAUCAGCCCGUCACAGUGCAGCAGCUGAGUGAGCUCGGAGUGCACUCAUACAAAUUGGAUGCAGAUAAUUAUGAGAGCGAUCCGGAACUGGCCAAGAUUCGCAAAGAAAAUAAUUAUACUUGGAUGGAUAUAAUAACCAUACAUAAAGACACGCUGCCAAAUUACGAGCAGAAGCUGAAAAUCUUUUAUGAGGAACACCUCCAUUUAGAUGACGAAAUCCGCUACAUUCUGGAGGGAAGCGGAUAUUUUGAUGUGCGGGACAAGGAGGAGCGCUGGAUCCGGAUCUUCAUGCAGAAAGGAGACAUGAUCACGCUCCCAGCCGGCAUCUACCAUCGAUUCACGCUGGAUGAAAACAAUUACGUGAAAGCCAUGAGGCUGUUUGUUGGAGAGCCCAUUUGGACGCCGUACAAUCGGCCUGCUGAAAACUUUGAUGCUCGAACAAAAUAUCUUCAGUUUUUGGAACAAAAAGCAUAAUUUUUAUCUUCAAAAAAUAUAUAUUUUUAAUUACAUAACAGUUGUUUAGAUACAAUAAUUUAGCUCAAGGAAAUUGUUUAAGAGAUAACUUGCAUCUUGUUAACACUAAGGCUGAGAUAUAUCACAAACAAUCCAAUAGCUUCGGGUCAAUAGAGAUGUGAUAGGAUGUUCCAGACAGUUGGACGAAGAUUUCUCUAAUCAAGUGCCUGGGUAACUUAAAUGAUUCAAGUGCGUUUACAUCUCAUCUAAUGGAUAGAAAUGCUUUAUUGAGGAUGAUGAGAUGAUGAUUUUUUUAUGUUCUAAAUGCUAUCAUGACCACGUAUACUGGAGUUUUUGUAAACUGACAGAUUAGAGUAGGAUUCCCAAAAAGACAGAAUCCUAAUCUGAAAACAGUUAUUUUCUUUAAGAAUAAAACAAGUAACGGGAAAGAUGGACAUUCAAGGCCUUCUCCAGAUGUAGGCUCUAGAUUUGAAGCUCGUUUGAGCAGAGCCCUCCUUGCCUGUUUCUGUAAGUCAAAUUGUUAUGUUGUGUCUACCUGUUGUACAGCGCUACAGACUAUGAUGGUGCUAUAUAAUAGUUGCUCACUGGAUCCACUAUACCUAAAGUGUCAGCUUCCAGGAGGAGAAGGUAUGAGCUGGCCUGGUGUAUAGUUCAA